UUCGGAUGAGAGCGCGGGUUCACUCGCUCCGCGCCCGCCGCUCCGCUCCCGCCGCCGCCGCUCCGCUCCCCGCGGGAGGUUGCGCGGGUCGGGCGCGGAGCCGUCCCGCGCCGGCCAUGGCCUAGCGGGCGGCCGGGGCCGGGGCAGAAGAUGAGUUUCCCCGCGGAGGACGGCGUGGGCAGCCUCUGCCACAAGGCGCUGCAGAUCAUCUCGGAGCUGUGCCUGGGCGGGCAGGUGGAGCGGGAGAAGUGCGCCGGCAUCUUCCCCUUGGAGACCGCCCGUCAGGGCAUCGGCGGCACAGACAUCUCAGUCAGUCUGUUAGCAGUAGUCGUCAGCUUCUGUGGGCUCGCCUUGCUGGUAGUCUCGCUUUUUGUCUUUUGGAAGUUGUGUUGGCCCUGCUGGAGAAGCAAACCUCUCACUUCCAAUGCCAGUAAUGUCCCUCAGAGCAACUCCAGUGUUCCUACGGAGGUUUUUGAGACCACUGAGAAAAAGGAAGUUAAAGAAAAUGGAAAACCUACUACAAAGGUACUUGAAGCUGCAUUGAAAAUUAGCCACACUUCACCUGAUAUACCAGCAGAGGUCCAGAACGCACUGAAAGAGCAUCUGAUCAGACAUGCACGCAUGCAGAGGCAGAUCACUGAGCCCACGUCCUCAUCAAGGCACAAUUCUUUCAGGAGGCACUUGCCAAGGCAGAUGCAAGUGUCCAGUGUUGAUUUUAACAUGGGGACAGAUCCGAUUUUGCAAAGGGGAGAGACGACAACCAGCAUUGGGAGAAUAAAACCGGAACUCUACAAACAGAAGUCUGUGGAUUCUGAUGGGCAACAAGAAGAUGUGAAAACAUGUGGAAAACUUAACUUCACUCUCCGGUAUGAUUAUGAGAAUGAACUUCUGGCUGUCACAAUUGUCAAAGCCUUAGAUCUACCUGCUAAAGACUUCACAGGAACAUCCGACCCCUACGUUAAGAUUUAUCUGCUUCCAGAUAGGAAAAAGAAGUUUCAGACACGAGUUCACAGAAAGACAUUAAAUCCUGUCUUUGAUGAAACCUUUCAGUUUCCUGUAGCCUAUGAUCAACUCAGCAACAGGAAAUUGCAUUUCAGUGUUUAUGAUUUUGACAGAUUUUCUAGACAUGACAUGAUUGGGGAAGUUAUUCUUGAUAACCUUUUUGAAGUCUCAGAUCUCUCCAGGGAAGCCAAUGUAUGGAAAGACAUCCACUGUGCCACCACAGAAAGCAUAGAUUUGGGUGAGAUCAUGUUUUCCCUUUGUUAUUUGCCUACUGCUGGGAGAAUGACGUUAACAGUCAUCAAAUGUAGGAAUCUCAAAGCAAUGGAUAUAACUGGCGCAUCAGAUCCAUAUGUCAAAGUGUCACUGAUGUGUGAGGGUCGAAGACUGAAAAAGAGGAAAACGACCACGAAGAAGAACACGCUCAAUCCUGUUUAUAAUGAGGCCAUCAUCUUUGAUAUCCCUCCAGAGAAUGUGGACCAGGUCAGCCUCUCCAUUGCAGUGAUGGAUUACGAUCGAGUAGGGCACAAUGAGGUCAUUGGGGUAUGUCGGACAGGAAUUGAUGCUGAAGGGCUUGGAAGAGAUCAUUGGAAUGAAAUGCUGGCUUACCCACGUAAACCAAUAACUCACUGGCAUCCACUAGUAGAGUUACCUGGCCGAGCAACCAGUUUUGAUAGCCAGGGAUCUUGUUCAUCACCAAAACCACCGCUUACGCCCUAGGGAACAGGAGUGGAUUCAUCAUGUCCAGUGUUCAAAGCUCCCUUGUAGCUCACAUCUACAUAAAAAGAAGGUUUGGCUUCCGCAGAUGAACUGUAUCCAUAUUUUUUUAUUAAAACACAUUUUUCCUAUUCUGAGUCUUAUAUUACAGUUUAUAAUAAUUUCUUAACUUAUGAAUGAAGUUGACUUGAGCCAAAUAUAAACCUUCCUCAUACAAAUUCAUUCACCUGUUUUCUUGCUGGCAUAUAACCAGUGUUAUAUCCAAGCAGUGUUUUGAUAUGACCUAUAUCUUUGCUUAGACAAAGAAAUCAGAAAAAAAACCCACAAACCCUUAAGCAAUUCAAAAUCACUGCAGGUUGUAACGCCUAAUUCUUUUGAGAAAGAGCAAAUAGUCAUAUAUAGCUCAUGUAGUAAAUUUCUUCUAAAUUGCACUAAAUCCUGUAUGACUUCUCAAGAUAAUACUUCAAACCGAAUGUUGCAUGAUAAACCAACUGUUGUCAUGUUUUGACUGUUUGGAAAAUCAGUUCAUUCCUUGGGCAGGGAGGAAGGGCUGAUCAAAAGCCCACUGAAGCCAAUGAGAAGGACCUUACUGGCUUCACUGGGUUUUAGUUCAGCCUAUAUGGAACAGGUCUCACAACUGGAUCUAUGCAGGUAUAAUCUUCCAGCAACCAAGAUGCCGGCUGUCCCUACGGGAACUCCUUAGCCUGUCCAGCAAAACAACCAGCCACGCACGCCCAGGAAGGUGGCUGUACUCUGUGGCUGCUUUGCUUCAGCUACCCACCAGCUGAUGAAGAGCGAGUCUGGAUGUCUCUGCAUGGCACCGAGCAGUGCAUGUACGGGUAUCGUUGUGGGAAACUAAUGUCUGCAAUGAGUUGUGUGGAAGUCAAUGCAGCUCCGCAGAGAUGUAGGUGUCUCCUGAUGAGGUGCAUCCAGCCCCUUCAAAGGAGCCCAUUUGCUGCUGGCAUCAUGCAGUCCUUACUUGAUCUUUACGCAGGUCCAACUGUAGAUGAGAGAAUGCUCUGAAGUAAAGGAAUUGAUUAAGUGUAUUUCAGCUGUUCGAAAUAAUGACCAAAAACUGCAGUUACGCACAAUGGUUUUCUGAUUCUUGAUUUAAUGUGACAGUAUUAGAUUUCUUUGAAGUUAUUUUGACUAAGUGCAUAGCUCAUGUGGAAUAGUUUCUGGUCCCUGGCUGCACGCCUCUAGAAUUAUAUGCUAAAUAUGAAUUUGAGAUAUGUUUUGUGUCAAUAUAUGGAGAGAGAUAAAUUGAAAUGUCACAAUUUUAUAAACUAGUAAACUCAUUUAUUAGGAUACAUAGUGACAGCAAAUGCAAAAAACCUAUUGGCUGAAGUGAGCUGCUUUAGAAACUGUAAGAGAACUACACAUUAUUUUGUGGAUUUAGCUCUUUUUAACACUGCAGUUUACCUCAAUCAGAUAGUUAUUUUUGUUUGUUUGUUUGUUUUCUGGGUUUUUUUCUUUCUGUGAAGAACAUGGCAAAGACUGCAUGAUUGGGGCUGAGAUUUUGAAAGCUGAACUGCAAAUAGAAAAAAGUUGAGGUGGUGGCUCUUUUUGUAUCUUUGUAAAGUAAAAAGAAAACUGAGAAGGUAAUAUUUUCCAAAACAGCAUUUUUAAGGAAGAAAAGUGUCAUACACGACAAAAAUGCCAAUGGAAGAUUGGUUUAUGAUGAUCGAAGAAUUUGUGAGAAUUAAUCUAGUUAUGAAGGGAAAAGGCAGUUUAGACAGACUUCUGAAGAACUGUUUUGUCUUGAUUAGCUUGGCCUGGUUGACACAGAAUACAUUUAUAAAGGUCCGGUCCCUCCAUUCUGCUAACUAAUCUCUAAGACAGUCAAAUACGCCUUCAAGUGUCUUAACGGCUCCAGGAAAUUUAGGAAGGCUGGUCUUAACAUUACAGGUGUUUCUAAGGCAAAAAAGGAGGCAUGUUUUAUACCUUGCCUUCUGUGCCUACAAACACAGCAAGCAAGCAAAGAAAUAAAUAAAUCUUUCAGACAUUCUUUUCAAAUUAAAAAAGAAAAAAAAAGGAAAAAGAAAAAAAAAAAGAAAAGGCUCCAACCCAAGUUUUUGAAUGUCCAUUCCAGAUUGCUAUUUAUGGCCUCUAGACAGAAACAGUUUUUCCCAGAGAGGGUUGGUAAUGCUGAACACUGAUCCUCCCUGCUCAAGAUUGUAUUUUCAUCACCAUAAAUACAGCUCAGCCUUGCAGAAUUUCAUUCCUGCAUUUGCUCUGGGUGAGUAAUUUUUUAAAUUGUAGAACAAGCUCUCCUCUGUGGGGUUUUUUUCCUCCCAUCAUUGUUAUCAUCAUGAGAUUCUGUGGCCUAGAUCAUCUACAUCAUGAUUUUGCAAGGUUGAUAUAGAAACAGAUAUAUAGAUAUAUAUAUAUAUGUGGAGACUGAAAACCUAUUUUGUGUAUACAUUUGUCUUAAUAGAAAUUAUAUCAGCAGUGGCCUUUGUGGCCUAGAAAAUACUUUUUGUAAUGUGGUACUGUAACAGUUAACUAAAUAUUCUUUGCACUUUUUUGCACCUAAUAUCCAAAAAGCUAAGAAUUUCACGAUCAAAUGUAGCAUAAGUGUUCAGCAAUGAGCAACAUAUUUUUAACUAUUUUGUUGUUCUCUAUGAGUAUCCUGUAUGUUUCAUCAUAUGUAGAAGGGUAGUUCGAGAUUUGUUUUCUUCAAUUUAAAUUGUUGUCAAACACCAAAGGAAUAAUAGCUGAGUUUGUGCCCUCUUGUUGUGUUAUUUUUGGUAUUGUUAAUAACAAUAGUGAAUGACUUCUGUGUCUAAACUUGACUUAUGGGUGCUCUGCAUCUAGCAUAAAAUCAGGCUGCAAAAUUAUCAGGACAUCUAACUUCAAAAAUUAUUCCUUAAUUAAUUAUUUUGAGUCCCUUAUCAGUGAUUAAUAGAAUUAAUGCAAAAGAUUAUUUUUUUUCCACUGCUUGCUUAGCUAUCUCACAAAAUAGGGUACAUAUUUGGUAUAGCCAACCCAUUGGCUUUAGAGCCUGCUUCACAAGUUACUCUCUGAGCGUACUCACAGAAGCACCAAGUAAAAGCUUAGCACAGUUUUAAUCAUUGAAUAUAUUGCUUUAUUAAUCUCUUAAUGAAGAAAUAUAAAAUAUUUUAAUUUGUAGAAGUUGUAAACUCCCUGCUUCCAUCCUGAAUGGUUUUUUUGUUGCUUAUCCACAUUUCUGCCAUAUCACAAACAUUAGCCUAAUUUGAGCAAAAUCAAAUCUGGCAAAUGGUUUGUGUAAAAUAUAUUGCAGUAAUUUUACAACAGUUUUAAAAAAUCACGUUCCUAAAUGCCUGAGUUAUUUUAUUGAAAUGAUUUGCUGGAAACAGUAGCAGUACUUAAUAAGAAUUGUAUUUUGCACUGCAGAGCUUUUUUAUAUUUUCACAACAGUAAACCACGGAACUGUACAGAGAAAGUACAUGAUGGAUUAAGUGGUUCCAGGGGAGCUGUUAAAUUUUUGUAUUUAUUUUCAAUAAUGCACUGUAAAGUGAAAAAGCCCACAUACAAAUGUAUCUAAUGAGCCAUUCCAGUCUUUUGGGUAAAUAUUGUUUUCAAGCAACUGUUUCCCUUCCCCACAUUAAAUAAGUUUUCAGGGACCAUUAGAUUUGCUCUAAGCAACCAUAAAAUUGUUAUUAGGUCUAUGCAAAAUGUUAAGUAGGACCCUAAACCACAGGUAGAUUUAGGAUUCUAGUGGCACUGCAGACAGUAGUGUAGGUGAGCACAUGCUCAAUAAGAUGUAGGUCACGUAUUAUAGUCCGUGAUCUCAGCUUUAGAUCACUCUAUCGCAUACUUCUGCCGAUAUGGCCUUUCCCCUCACGCUCCCAGCAAGUAACCAUCUCUUUUCCCACCAUCUUUUAUCUAUGUUGGGCUUCUGUUCAAGCAGUAGAGACUUGACCCUAACUUUUGUCUGCAGUGCUGAAAGCUGACUCCUGGCCUUAAAAAAGUAGUAAGAUGAAACCUGUGUGGUCUUGACCAAAAGCUGUAGGAUAGCUACAUCACUCAUUUUCGUUCUACAAACUGCUGUGAAGGAAAUAAUUUCCCUUUUCCACAGUCCCUUAUGAUCAUCAGACAUUCAGAAAUCAGUAAUCCUGGUUUUUUGCUUCUAGCAAGCAUUAAAAGAGCAGUAUACAUACCUCCGGGGUGUGUAUAUUGGUCAGGGACAGAGAAAGUGGCCAGAACCAAUAAGAUAAAACAAAACUUAGUAUAUCAGGACAAAAGUUCCCCUGCAAAAUUUCUUCUUCAAUAUAUGGAAUUGUUCUGACUUCUUAUGUUUAAGUAACAAAACUAUACAUUUUUCUUGAAGAAUCACAACCGCAUUCGAUAUUUUUGAAGAAAAUUUUGAGCAAACAAGAACUGGUUUGGUUGGAUUGACUUUUUCCAAGGGAAAAGCAAUUGCUUCCUCAUUUCUUUCUAUGGAUGCAUUUUUCAAGCAAUACUAAGAAAACUUUAAGUUUCCAAAAAAGAAUUAUUUGUUCCAUCCAUUUCUCCGAUUUCUCAGUUUUUUUAAUUGGCUUCAAUGUCAUCCUUUUGAAAGUUUUUAACACAAUGAUGCACAACAAAUACAUGAUAGUCUAUUUCCAAGAUUAUUUUGCUAUGUCUUUUUAAUCAAUUAACUGCUUGUAUCCUAUAAACUUUUGUAUGUACUAACUUUUUAUUACACUCCAUUAAUUUAACAAGCUUUAUACACCUGAAAUCAUUUGACUAUAUUUUUAAAGUGUGUAAACAUUUAAAAGAAGAGUAACUAUUUUAGAACUCAGUAGUAGAGUUCUCCUGCUGAAAAUGUCAAAUUUUUCAGAGAUCCGUAAAUGUGCCUGCAAAAUUUGAAAACCACCUUAUUAGAGCAUGCAAAAACCUAGAUUUGCACAUACAAGUAUUUGCACUUGCGAAAUGUAUAAUUAUUAUUUAGCACUUCUAUUACAACAGAACACCCACACCUAAUCAGAAAUAUGUUCCAAUUUGUGAUAAAUACUGAACAAAUCUGUACUGAAUGACAGUUCCUUGACCUGAAAAGUACAUAUGACUUUAUUUCUACAAAUGAAUAUGCUUGAAAAUUCAGUAGGUGUUAAAAUAUGACUUAUAUGUUAAUUAGACAGUGAGGUGACUUUUGGACAAAGCUCAUGUAAUGUCUGGUAGACCAUCCAAAAUAUGGAUAAAAUAUAGUAUAUAUGACAGGAAUAUUAAUGUAUGUUUUGAUGGAAAAUUUUCUCUCUCAUUCACACCACAGCUGAGACUCGGUUUAACCCUUUGCUCAAGAUUGACUUUCACUUAGCUUCUGAGGCUUGCCAGUCUAAACUGAGCUCUCUGGUGUCAGAAAAUAGCUAAAUCACGGCACGGAGCAGACCGCAGAGCUAAGAAAGACAAAGGAAAGCAUGGCAGUAGGCGCACAGCUAUUCAAUGCAGGGGCAAACACUCUGAAAUGAAAAUCCUCCUUUCAAAAUCGGUAAUCAUUACAAUACUCACAGUCCUUGUCCUUUCUUUCUGUACUGUAAUGCAGGAAGAAAGAAGGGUGUUCCUGAAGAAGAGUCAGCAUUAGGUAUAGGAGUUAAUCGAGGUGCUGAUCACAGCCAUUUGCCAUUUCUAAGGCAAAUAAUACCUUAACUCCAAAAAAUGUCUUUUGUUUACUCGUCCAAAUUAAUAUAUAUCUCCUGCACAAUUCCCCUUUUCCUUAGCCCCAGCUGGAAACUGGUGGCUUUUUAAAAGCACGCAGGAAACCAAGAGCUGGAACUCUAAGGGAGAAGUGAAGCUGCAGGUGGGAUUUAAAUAUCACAGGGGAAUCUGGCCAGGAAAAUGGAACUAACACCUUCAGCCUUGCACUGAGUGCUAGGGGAUGCUUGAUGAUAGCAAGUGCUCAGGGCUGUGAUUUUAUGUUUUAUCUGAUAGUACCUCUACAAUGUUGCUGUUGCUGGGAAACCUCUUCUUUACUGGCUCAGAGAGGAGAAUGCCUCUGGUAUUGCUAUGUAAAAUUUUUCCACCCAAGCAUAGACUGCGACUCUUAUGUUACAUGGGACUCAGUCCUCAGGAAAGGCACAAAGCGUGUUAAAUUUGCAGAACAGGAAAAAUCAAUUAAAGCUUUGCGCUGUACCAUCAUGAGGACUAUUCACUUUGUUGAUACUAAGGGCAAGCGUUGGUGCCUUAUCCAUCCAAGGGAGGACAUUUCGUACAGUGCUCUGUAUUGCAAAGCCCCUGUUGGUGAGCCAUGUCAGCACUACUGAAGACCCUCUGUAUCAACACUGUCAAAAUAUAACUAAUAAAUAUAAAUACAGGUUACAUAAGUUAUCAGAGUACCAAAGCUCUCUGCGGUGGGGAAGGCAUACCGGCUCCCUGAUACAUAAUUCAAGACAGUGUGCUCUGAAAGCUGGAUCUGCAGGAAGUCACAUAGCUGCUGCGAUGAAAGUGGAACUGCUCUGUAAUAAUUUAUAAAUACAAUAGGUUGACUUGGCUAUUGGUCUUGAAUUAGGUGAGUUCAAUAAGUAGGCAUUAGGGGAAAAAGAACAACAGGCAGAAAAUGUUUGACAAGGGAGCGCCUCUUAGAAGAAAGUGAGAUUUACAGAACGUUAAUGUCCAUCCUGGUGGCCCGGGAAAUUCUACUGAUGCUACAGUCGUCUGAAAAAUGCAUCUCAUCUAAAAUGGUGAAAACCCAAGCAGGCAUAGGAAAAGAAAGCAUGGGAAUGAUCAAGAGAUCUGUUUCAGGAUAGACAAGAUUUUUGUCUAAGCAGGCUGGGGUGCAAGCUGAUGCUAUAGUUUACAGAGAAAUUAGGCUGGGUUACUUUCCCAUUAAUGGAUGGGAAAGCUUGACGCGGGACAGGUAUGCAUAUAGACUGUUAUUUAAAAAUCCACUUAUUUGAAAUAUUUAAGCUUACAUAUUUUAACUUAAAUAUUUAAAUAGCAUUCUUUUUUUAAUGAAGUGGAGUAUUCACGGACUCCCUGAAAGAAAAGUUGCAAAUCCAUUCAGACUGUCUGGGCUAGCACAGUUACUACAGACACAGGCAGUGUCCCAGAGCCCAGCAAUAAUUACAGGAGAAUUGUGAAAUCCUGCCUCUCCGCUGGAUAGGAGAAGUCAGGAAGCCUGACAUGAAAAGAGAACUGAAGACAGACCUAGGAAAGGAUGAAGGCAUAGCUAUUUCAUGACAACUUCAGAGUUCACAGGGAGCUUUGCCACUCAUUCGCUACCCAGGGCACAGCAGGAGUGCCAGCAACAUGUUUUCAUUGCAGCAACCUACCCUGUAUACAGUUUUCCCCUCCCUCAAAAUACAAGCAUAGAAAUGCUUUGGAAAGACCGAUGUCUUAAAUAGUUUGGGAUCUUUUCUUACCUUAGACAUUCAAACCCCUGAGGUAAGGCAAAUCUAUCUGUGCAUCUACUCACGAGGGAAAAAAAAAAGGAGGAAAAUCAAAACUUUCAGUAAAAAUAAAUAAAGCUUUAGAGCAUGCCUUAAAGUUGCUUUCUUGUGUAGAAGAGUGUAUAAAUUUAGUACUGGAUAUCUGGAGACCUCUUAGGGUUAAAUAGAAAGGCUAUUAUAUAUUUCCUAUUAUAAAACAAUAUAUUUCUGCAGGUACAGAAUUCUUACUUGCCUGGUCCCUGUGUGAUUCCUAAUAUCAGAGAUGUUCUAACAAAUGAUUGUCAACAUAACAGACAAGGCAUUUUAGACAGUUAAGAUUAACAUCACCAUAAAGGAAUCCAUUUUUCAGGGUGGUUUCUAGGCAAAUUUCAGGGGAGGGUUGUUAGUUGUUUUUGUGAACAAAUACAUUUCUAUAAAUAUAGUCUACAAGAGGAGGGAGAAAAAGGGUGGAAUUUUUUUUUUUUUUCAAUAUACUAUGAGUUGAGACUGAUAAUUGCAUCAGAAGAGAAGAGGAUAGAACAAGAAGAUAUUUAAAAACUUUUGUGGCAUCUGAGCCAUGAACAUGAGAGAAGAGAGGAGGGGGAAAGCCUAUUCAUCAUGUAAAGAGCUCUCCAGAAAAAACCUGUUAAAAAAAAAAGUGGAAAAUAUAAAAAGGGGGUGAAUUGAGAGGGUGAAUUGAGAGUAUUUUCAGUAGUCAAAAAUGUGUGUGUAGCAAACACUUCCAAAGAAAGAAAGAGAUUUUUGAUGUAAUUCCCCUACCUCUUAUCUUGUACAGCCAUUUGCAAGCUCACAAGGGUAGUGGGAGCCAUGUUGCAGAAUUUGGGUCUGUUCUUAAAAUAGAAACAGCCCUCUGCCCUACAGAUCCUGAUCCCAGAGGAUUCACAGUGCAAAGAGCACUGGUAGCUGCUCAUAGCUCCUCCUCCCCCUCCGAUCUUUCUCAUACAGCAUACGAGGCAAAGGCAUGUGCUCAGAUGCGUUCCUCUCUAGAUGCUCUAAUGGUCUCCUAUUUAUUCACACUUGGCAUAGGUUGGGAAAUCUCCAAUAGGUGAAAAAUCAUUUUUAUAUAAUGUCAUCUCUUCACAUUUUCAAAGCUUCUGACAAUCAGUACUUGAAUUACCAAUAGGAAACACCUCUAAAAAUGCUGCUGGGAUACACAAGGUAUUGGUUUUGUUUUCAUGUCAAGCCUAAACUAAUGUCACACAACAGUGGAGGAGUCACUGGGCUGUUGCAGGUGCUAAUUCUCCGAUGACUCACAAAACUGAGGUCGUGAUUAUGGUGUAUUUCUCACUUAAUAUCCCACAGGUCUUUGUGUAUGAAUAGGGUCCUGGAACUGAUGUUCCAGACAAGUCCCAUCUCCUCCUGUUCUUACUAUUCAUGGAGGUUCGGCUGAAUAAUGAACUCUUAUUCCUUUGUCCUAAAUUGUCACAUAGCACUGGGUGUACUCUGAUUGUUUCACCCUGGGAGUAGAUGCCUCUUACUGAAAAUCACUGAUCAAUAGAGGACCAUUGCUUCCCUCACCGCGUUUUUUUGAGGCUUAAUUGCAUAAUAAUAGUUAUGAGGGAAAUGAGUGCAUAGUUGACCAAGACAUAGCAUUGCCAUCUGUAGUUAUUUCUGGCAAAUGGGUAUGUGUGGGUGGGUGUGUCUUUCUUCUUUAUGUAAAUGGAAAUUUGGCUACCACAGGAAAUGAAAAAGGAGAUUUCAUAGACUCUCCAAAGAGCACUUUACUCUCUUACACUUAUUCCUUUCAAGCUUUAUAUAGUAUAAGUGUUUAACGAUCCUAAUUAUCCUUAUAGCACAAGAACUUGAUUCAUCUAUUUAAAUCUACAACCUUUUCAGUUCUUAGUCCACCAAGGUAACUUUGGGCCAGAGAAUCAAAAUCACUAAUGAAAAAGUAUAGCUGUAUCUUAGCCAGCAACUGGAUCUGCAUAGCUAGACUUUUUCUGCAUUAUUCGGAAAGGGAGCCUGGCACUAUUGCACUUUAGCUACUUGCCAGUAGCAGACAGACAAUUGUAGGUCAUAGCCAGGUUUCAGAGAAGCUCUGAGGAUUAACCUCUAAAAUCUUGGGUCUAAUUCUGCAUGCCCUCCAGAAACAGGGCAGCCUAUGAAGUCAAAGAGCAGUCCUACCUUAAGAGGGCUCGAUAACGAGCAAUCUGUGGUGAGAAAAGAGAUUUCAUUCAAAUUAUUCCAAGGCAUCUUUUAGAAUAUUUUGCAUCGUGUUCUGUACUGUUCUUAAAAAUGAAUUUUUUCUUAAGGCAAAACUUCAUAAUUGAAUCUCUAGCAGGGCAAAAAGUGGUACUAAAGUACCAGUCUACUCAUGCACUGAAAAUAAUAUUGACGCAAAAAAAUUAAAAAGCCUUUUAGCAAAAAUAUCUGUGGCAGCAAAAUAUAAAGAUGCUGAUGAAAAGACAUUUUGCUUUUUCUGUGGUUUUUUUUUUCUUUUUUUGAAAUAGAAUUAGAAUAAUUCACCUAUCUUUUUUGGGCUAUCUCAAGAAAAACAUAAAAUGGUAAAUGUACCUAAUGUAGCUUUAAUAUUUAUUGAAAUAAUAUAGCACAAAAAAAGUUAUUAAAUUCAGCCUUUUAAUCUGUAGUUUUAACAAUACACAUUUAUACAUUUUGCAUUGCUACAAAAGCUUACCAAAAUCUAUUCAUUACCUUAUUUCCAAUAUAUAAGAAUUAUAACAUGCUUCCAAAAGGAACUUUGUUUUAGGUCUAUCACUUGCUACUUUAUAUGACAAUUGUUCUUGUGUUAAUUAAAAUAAAAAUAUUUUUUUAUUAUCAUGGCAAUAGUCCAUUAAGUAUAUCCAGCAAAAUUACUCUGUAGGUCUUUUUAAUAUGUCAUUUCAUUUCAAAGCACAGCAUUACACGCUUGACCAGCCCACCAUUGAAAUCGAGCAGAAGCACUGCUAUUGAUUUCAUUGGCUUUGCUUCAGGUUGCAUUUGAUGAUGCAUCGCAGCAUCUUAUGAAAUGAACCCGGAAAGGAGCCUCAAGGCAAGCAGAAUGAAUUCUCUUAUAUCCACCAUGGAUGUUUGUGGCUUGCUGACAAUUUCGACUACGUUAAAAGUCUUCAGUGCAUCUCUAGGGUAUGAACUAUUAUUGCAAAUGCUGAUUUUACUAAUACCAGUAAGAAAUAUGAGCCUCAGCUGCCUGAUUUGUUAAAUAAAAAUGCCUGGUCUCUGUAGUCAGGCAUGGAGGUCAGAUGUAUUUUUACUAGAUUUUUCCUUUGUAAUGGUGGCCUACAGUUUUCCACAAGAUGCUGUCUUGUUAUUGAAGCUCAGAGGGUGUCUGUAUAGACUAAACCUUUAAUACGUAACACUUAGAUAGUCCUGUUGCACAACAGACAUAAAGCACUUCUUUUCACUCUAUAUUUCUAUGGAAAAAUAUUGAACAAAAUUUACUUUUGUUAAAUAAAUAGAAAACUAUUUCUCAAGGAAAGGAAAAAGUAUAGAUAUAUAUUUCAUAUUGUUUCUUGUUUCUUUUUCUUCCGAGUGUGAGUCUACAUUCUUUCUAUUCUUCUCUAUUUAGGUGAGUAGUCUCAGUAGGAUACAUUGGACUUACAUGCAUACGUCUAAGGAUGGGAUAUGGCUAGUUCUCUACCCUACAAGUAGGCACUGUUGGCGUCCUGAUCUGGAGACGCACUUCUGACUUGUGUUUUCUCACCAUUCUGGUGGAGAUCAUGAGGGCAUUUGUUCAGCAAAUCACAUGAAAUAGUUUUUAAAUAUGACCUGCUAGUCGAGUCCCUGUGAAGUCACAAUGGCUUGGGCACGCACCCUGAGCAGAGCAGCCGCUCAGGUGCUUUGCUGGCUGGGAACGGGGUGGUGUGGGGAGUCUCACAGCUAGUCUAUGCUAAAAGCACAUCUCAGCACCCUCCAGGCUAGUGUAGCCAUGCUAGCUGGGAAGAGAGUGGGCAAAGCCAAAGUGCAUUUCUUCAUUGUCCUGCUCUGCCCAGUCCUCACCACCUCAGGCAGCAGGACUGCAGCGCCAGCCCCUCUGCGCCAGCCAGGUGCUCCUCUAGCCACUGCAAGGGGAGUCCCAAAAAGCUUCUCCUUUCUUCUCGUGAGCUUGUAGUCCGCACUGCGUUCAAGCCAGCUGGCUUCAGUGCGCUCCUCACAAGAACUGAAGCAGGGGGAGCACAAUACAGAAAUUAGCCACAUCUUUUCUUCAGCACAGAACAUUACGUUUUUCUAGUAUAUGCUUGUUUGCGGGGAAGGCAUUCUCCAGAGUGUAUGCUUCAAAAGGUAGGAAGUUAAAUUGGAGUUCCUGGCCAUAGGAAGCAUUGACAAAUAAAAUUAAAAAAAAUUUUAAAAUCCUCCAUAUUUUAACACUUAAUAUUUUGAAAUAUUAAAAGAAAGCACCCAGUCCAAUAAAAAUGUCGGAAUAAGCAUCUUUGCUGUGACAACGUGGGGUUCUGGAUUAGACCCUAACUGGCCCAAACUCUAAUAGAACUCCCUACCUUUAAAAUAAUCUUUAUGAUUAGAUCAGAAAUGUUGCCAAGUCUAUGUAGCUUACAAAGAACUGCAGAGUUCUUCUAAGAUUUUGUCUCUUCUUGCUAUGUGGUGUUGGCUGACCAAGAUCUAAUAUUGAAUACCUGACUGUUUUAGUACCCUUUAUUCAGUGUUCAUGAUGUGACUUUUUAAAUGAAGUCUGUGAUUUGAUACCUAGCCAUUGUUCAAGUCAAUAUCCUUGGCUUCUGCGUUAUAGAGACAAGAAAACAAAACUUUUUGAACUUGUGUUACUGGCUUUUUGUAUGCGCUAAAUGGCCAUUUGUGAAACUUGACAGCAUAAAAUUGUACUACUGAUAGUAAAUGGGUUUUUUUUGCACUAGCCUUUGAGAACUGUAACACAUUUCAGUAUUUUUACAAUGUAUUCUCUAGAAAGUGUGAAUCUAUCUGUCAGUUCUGAAAAAAAUAUGUAACAAUGAAACCUCAAAAGAUGUUAUGAAGUGUACAGUUUGUGAUAAUUUUAUAUUUAAAAAGACAAGAAAAAGAAAAGAACUCAUUUGAA